CCCGGGGGCGGCGGCGGCGUCGGGCGGGCCCCGGCCCCGGUGACGGCUCCGCUCCCGGCCCCUGCCCCGUCGCGGCGCGGGGUGGCGGCGGGCGGCGACCCGCUGGCGGCGGGCGGCAGCGUGGAGGUGGUGGACUUGUACCUGCUGCCCGAGCCCUUCUCCGGGCUGAUCGCGGGGGACUUCGGGCCGCUGCUGGUGCUGAGCUGCCGCGUGUGCCUGGAGGAGAAGCCCGUCAAGCCGCUGUCCUGCUGCAAGAAGGCGGUGUGCGAGGAGUGCCUCAAGCGGUACCUCAGCUCCCAGGUGCAGCUGGGACAAGCGGAUAUAAAAUGCCCAAUCACAGAGUGCAGCGAACACCUGGAUGAAACAACCAUCCUCUAUAACCUGCCCCACGAGGACAUCAUCAAGUAUAAAUAUUUCCUGGAACUCAGCCGCAUUGACUCCAGCACCAAGCCAUGCCCUCAGUGCAAGCACUUUACAACCUUCCGGAGGAGAGGCCACAUUCCUACCCCUGCCAAAUUGGAGAACAAAUACAAAAUCCAGUGUCCAUCUUGCCAAUUUGUCUGGUGUUUCAAGUGCCACUCGCCUUGGCAUGAAGGCGUUAACUGCAAAGAGUACAAAAAGGGAGACAAGCUGUUGCGUCACUGGGCCAACGAGAUUGAGCACGGGCAGAGGAAUGCCCAGAAGUGUCCAAAAUGCAAGAUCCACAUUCAGAGGACAGAAGGGUGUGACCACAUGACCUGUUCCCAGUGUAACACUAAUUUCUGUUACCGCUGCGGGGAAAGAUACCGACAGCUCCGUUUCUUUGGAGAUCACACAUCAAACCUCAGUAUAUUUGGAUGCAAAUACCGCUACCUCCCCGAGAGACCACAUUUGAGGAGAUUGGUGCGAGGCUCUGUCUGUGCUGGAAAACUACUCAUUACACCCCUAAUACUGGUUCUGGGACUGGCACUGGGAGCCAUAGCUGUUGUAAUAGGUUUAUUUGUGUUUCCUAUCUAUUGCCUUUGUAAAAAGCAGAGGAAGAGGUCACGGACAGGUAUGCCCUGGUAAGGAUGGGCCAUACUCGCCUGAACUAAGCUGGUCCUGCAAGGGCUAUACACGGUUUGUGCUACAGAGCAAUACAGUUCUGGUAACAGCAUCACAGCCACCGCCCUGGAAUAAAAGUGGGGGAUCUCCUGCCGUCUUCCCUCAGCUGAAACACUACUGCAGACCAGAAAGCCUCUUUGCUCUGGUGCACUCUGAACAAGAUGGGCCCCCUGACUGCUGCUUUUUAAAUGUUUUUUUAUUAUUAUUAUUAUUAUUAUUACUUUGGAGGGUUGGUUUUUGUUUUGAAGAUUUAAGUCUAAGUUUGUGAACUAGACAAUCAAAGUCUGUAUUGUAGCCACAACUCUACUACCGAUUUGGCCUGUGAAGAAAGCAUUUGACUGCUAAUGUGCUCCGUUUAACUUCAGUGUCGGCCUUUAAGGGGGAAAUGCUUAGAAGUGUUUGGACUCUUGCUGUACACUGAGCAUACUACUUUUGGUAUUAAAAACUACUUCUGUAAAUAACUUCCAUCACACAGCAUUCUGUUCAGCAUACCAAAACCCCGUCACAUGCCAGAACAUGACAGCUGGUUAUCUUCUGAGUCGUCCUACUAGCAAGCAAGAGUGUAGAUCACAUUUGUGCGGCAUGGAUUGCCAUAGCCAAAUAAUAGUGCCUCAAAAAGAAAUGUUAUUGUUGUUAUUAUUAUUAUUACUAUUAUUGAAACUCAGUUACAAAUAUGCUGAUUGGGUUUACAUUCAUAUUUAUUUUUUGACAGUCCAUUAAUAUUGAUUGGGAGGGGUGACGAAUUUGUUAGAGGAGUCCAGCAUUUUGAACUUCUCCCAGUACCAGAAAAGAUUUGAAGGGAUUAGAUAACAAGAAGUAACUAGAGACAGAACAGGCCACUGAUAUCCACUGAAAUGUGACACAGAAUGUGCAAGGAAAUGUGUUUGCAGGGAAGCUGGAAACCUGCUCUUCUGUUCUGACUUGACAUAUAGUACAAAUGCUACACACCAGUUGUGUGAAGAUUGACUUGGUGGAAUUUUGGAACCUAAAUAACAUGUAUGUUUGUUUUAUAAGCAGCCUGCAUAAGUCUUAGAGGAUUCACUGAUGUCUCUUCAGGAAAAUUUGUAAAUUUUGAGUAAGGGAAGGGGUCAUGAAUUGUUAGGAGACCAUUUCACUUUUUUCUCUGCUUCCAGUGUUGCUGCUCUUGGUGCAUUAGAGAUCUGAAGAGAAUAGUGAUCUGUUCUCUCUUUUCCUAAAUUCAGAGAACCACUGUUUGUCACUGGACCUUUUUCUUGGCACAUCACCAUAAGAGCAAUGUAAUUCAGAGUCAAGAAUCAGCUAAGAGUUUUUCAUUUCUAGUUACAAUCCAAAUUUAUCAUACAAAUAAACCUGAAAGAAAAUAGAAUAAAUUUGUGUGACCAGAACACUGAUACACUAAAAGAAGAAAUGAAUAAGAAAAAUAUCUACUUUGUACUUUAAAAAAAAUGAUCUUGAAGAUUAGAUUUGUACUGUGAAGGUACUUUUUUGAGUGUUUGAAGAUACAUAUAUGUGUGUGUGUGUAUAUGUAUAUAUUUAUGUGGGAGAUGGGGAAGCAGGAAGAUGAGCAAUGUCCUAAGUGUACAGAUCUCAAAACUUAGGCUCACAAACAGCAUAUCUUUUGAGAGGAUGUACUUGGAACCACUGUCUCUGAAAAUUUAUUAUUAAAUCCGAAUCUAUUUGUAACUUUUCAAGUAAAUAGUCUGCUUCCCCACCAGCAUAAUACUCUGUUAUCGUAAGAUACUCACUUUUACUCAAAGCCUCGGUGGAAGAAACUGAUAAUUUUAGUUACCUGGAAACACAAAUAUGAGCUUACCGUAGAUGGCUAGUAUGUGUGUUUUCAGUCAACUCCUGGUUUGUUUUCCUGGUGUUUUGUUUUGUUUUUACCCCUUGUUGAAACAGUGCAUACAAGCACACUGGCAGUGAACAGUACUUAAUUUUUCUAUUUGAAUUGAAGGGCAUGUUGACCCUGUUGUCCUAUAAAUAGAAACAGUAUCUUUCUAAGACUUGCAUAUUAAGCUAGGAAGCAAUGACAUUUAGAAGUAAAGUUCAAAUACUAUUCUCAAUGCAAAUGCACCUGCUAAUUAGGUUUCUUCUGUGACACAUCAGUUUUCUAUUUGUGUUGUACCUGCAGGUUGGAUGCUGCCUUAAAAUCAAGUCUUGUUUUUGAGUGUGUUUUCUGAGGCUGUACAUAUCAGUUGUCUUUGGCUUACUCAGGGAUUCUUAUUCCUUUCUUUAAAUGUCAAAUAAUGAAGAUAUUUUUGUAUUAUUUAGCAAACCUUCAGACCUCAGAGAGUGAGAGAUGCAUAUAUAUAUGUAUAUAAAUAAAAAAUAGAUUUGUUUUUGCAAUGCAGUCUGUAAUAUGGUGUCAAACUAUUCCACUUGAGAAUAUUUUAGUACUUGAGAUUAUCUGUAAUUAACUAUUCAGUAGAUUAAUUUCCUUUGUUUUCCUGUUUCUUUAAAUAUGAGAGAUACUCUUGUCGUCUUAGCUGUAUUCUCUGCUGUUUGCCAAUUUCACAAGUUUCCAUGAGUUCAGUAAAAUCAGAAAUUAAGAUGCUAGAAUAAAGAGCAUAAAGGGAAGAUAAUAGAUCUGCAUUUAUUUUACAUUCAACAGCAUGUUGUUGUGAGUGGAGGGAAAGGCAUAUACAUCUUGGCUCCUACAUUAUCAUUUCACCUAGGCCAUUUUGAUUUUAUCAGAACGAAUUAAAUCAAAGUGAAAUAUUUCUUCAUUUUUAAUACAUCGCAAAACUAGGCACCUGUGGCCUUGUGAAGAUGAGAGAGUCUAAUCUUGCUUUCUCUGGGGAAAAAAAGAAAUAGGAAUGACAGUAUUGUUUUUGCUUUUCUCUGUAGAUGAGGGAAAAAAUCAGGAUCCAGGCAGAGUGGGAAUAUAGAAGUCAUUCUAUCCAUAUGAAAGUUUAUCCAUUUGAACAGUACAUAAACCAGAAUUUUUCAUUCAAUAAAAUGUUAAAAUGUUAGCUUUUAAACAGCUAUUCUCAUAUCAUAGAAAAUCUUACAGACAUCAAAGUCUUGCCAUUUAUUUUACAAUCAUUAAUUGGUAAGUUUAAAGGAAAUGGGAUAAACUUAGUUGUAAGGAAUUUCAGGGAUGUUUUCCACUACCUAGAGGUGUUUUGGUUUUUGCAGCUGUAUACUUUAGAAGCCAUCAGACUGUUCUACUCCAUCUUUGUUAGCAGGAAACUUCAUCAGACAGUCAAAUUAACCUGUUAAGGCAGAUUACAUGUUACUUUAUGCUGAAUUGUUUUUACCAUAUUCAAGACUAUUCUUCUGAGAAGUUCUUGAUCACCAAUACCCAUAUUCAGAUUAAGUGCUUAAAUCCAUUCAGCAUUAGCCUUAUUUCUAGACUGCUCACAUGCCAAGGCUUUUUUGCGCUUCUGCUGCAGGAGCUGGGUGCUGUGGGCUCAGGCUCCUCUGGCAUCUGCUGGGCCAGGAGAGCAGGACAUGCCAGUUGCAAGGGGAAUGCUUUUGGUUCGAUCUGUCUUUUCAUUGCCUCUCCCUGCAUCUGGAAAAUUCUUUUGAAGGUCACUGGUGCUGCUAGCAAUGUUUUGUGACAAGUCCAGCCUGGAUAGAGGCCCUGAGCUUCAAUAGCAGUGGCCUUCCCUGCGGUGUGGGGCAUGCAUGACCUUUCUCUGCCAUCUUUGUGGAAGCCAUCAGUAAUUCACAGCAAUUAUUGCCCCAAAUGACUGUCUUGCUCUUGGUUCACAGAUGAGAUUUGUGUACCAAGAGUUGCUUUAGCCACAUGUCAUGCUACCUUUUCAUGCACUUCAUGUCUUCAAGCCUGAUUCUAGGUCAGCUAUUCUCGGUUUAGUACAGCAUCGUUUGAGUUGAUAGAGUCCCUUACAGUAGAGUAGUUCAGUAUUUAGUCAUGCAUUCAAACUGGACACUCUAGGUACAUGCUCUGUAUGUCCAGUACGUGUGCAUGGCCAAAUAAAUGUUUGUGUGCACGUUUUUUGAGUUCUGUUUUUCAAGGUAUCUUUUACUUUAUUUCUUGGCUCUUGAGGAGACUCUUGAGGAGAUUUCAUCAGUUGGGUCAAGUUCCAGGGCUGCUCAACCAUAUCUAUGGCUAGAUGGUUUUUCCUGCUGCAGCUUCUCAGAAUAUAGUUAUGUGCAUUUGCAGAGGUCAUCCAGUUUGUGACUGGAAAAUAAUUGUAUGUUUCUUUCUUGUAAAUCUAUUCACAGGUGAGAGUAGGAAACUAAGAAUGUAAGUGAGAGGCAGAAGUGCAAUUCAGUGCUUUGGCUGACCUAUCAGUUUUAGUUCUGCAGAAAAAAUACUGUUACUUCUCAAUUCUCAUUGCCUUUAUUAUAUAGCAGUACGCUCAUUUUUCAGAUUUCAUUAAAAUACACUGCACUUUGAUCUAUUAUCUUCCUCUGGGGCAGUGCUAUGUGUAUAGAAGAGAGGAUUUUGCAUUUGUUUUUGAUGUUACUAAUGCUUGCUUCAUAACUCUUCCUGGUAUGAUAGCUUUUUUUUUUGUAAUUUACAUCUAGUUAUUGGUUCUGAAAGUUUGAUCAAUGUGAAGUUUUACUUAUUAAAAAUAUUAAUUUGUAGGGACUACUGCCAAUUCUACUAGAGGGUAUUCUGGAUCACUGGUGUUCAUUUUAGCUGGAGGGCUUUCUGUUCUUCUGAAGACUGCCUUAGUUUGUGUGAUGUUCAGUGGUGGGUAGGAGACACAAUGAUUCUGCCAGAGGAUAUGAAUUUUUCAGUAAUUUAAUGGUUUCUCUUGAUAGUUAGAUCUGAGAAACUGCUUUGUGUUCAAUGGCCAAAUAGGCUGAGCUGUUUUUUUUUUUUAAGUUUAGUUUUGGUGGUUUGUUUCCUGAGCAGACCUUGCAUGAGCAGACCUUGCAUCAUUCAUAAUUCUUGGUAUGAUAAUAAUUGUGUGGUACCAACUUGUGUUUGAGAGCCAUGGAUUACUGUUACUUUAUAGUCUGUAUUAGUCUUGUGUUGGUUUUGCUGAUGGAAAGAAUCCCACGUGAUGAAAUUACUGGAGAGAUUUCUGUUUCUUCAAAUUUUGCAGCCUUAUACUUGCAGUGGGUCAGCUCUUAACAUCAGCCAUAGCCCCAUUAAACCAGGAAGGUUAUAUCCAUUUCUAUGCCAGCACAGAAUUGGCUCAAAAUACUUUGAUAUUCCAAAAUAGUUCGGUGUUCCAAAAUACUAGAAAGCAUGUUGGCAGCCAUUGUUGAUAAGCAUUGUUCAGCAAGUUGAAAUCUUGAAGUGCAAAUUAUGAUAAUGACCAUUCUCUCACUUGCAGAGUAAUACUGCUAGUGUUGUCUAAUAAGUGCAGGAGAGGGCAGGACACGGGAGAUUUUCCAAAAAGCAUUCUUAUUCAAGUAAAUUGUAUGGGGAAUGAAUACAAGCUUUUAAUACAAGAGACCUUAAUGCUUUGAGUCACCAAUAACAUAAGAAACAACAUCCACAGGCAGCAUUAAACAUUUUAAAAUUCUGUUGUCUCUAGUGUAACAGAUGUUAACACAGCGUAAGAAUUGGAGUUACAGAUGUUUAAUAUUUCUCAGACUUUAACACAAAUUUGAAAAAGACGGCACAUACCUAAAAAGUUACAUUGCUGGUAUGUCUGGCUUGUGCUAUUGUUAGAUGAAAAACAGUUGCACCUUGAUUCCAAGGCAAAACUAGCAGUGUUUUCACUGAAGCUGACACAACACCCACAAACUUUUUAAAAAUCCACAAAUAAAUGCAUAAGAUUAUAACUUCUUAGCUGUUUCUUCCUUAUUCUGUACAUAUGGGCUCAGUAUCUAUACAGUCUCUCUCCAGUAAGGAGUGGAGUGCUCAUACUAGGCAAUUAAUCAUCGAUGCUCUUAGCCAGACAGUGAAACACCAUAACGUAGGGAAAUGAAAUCAGUGCAUGCUCUGAUUUCAAAGGUGAACAUUUGUAGUAAGCUUUAAUUACUUAUUCCCUAUUUAAAAAUAAAUACAUAAAUUUCUAAAUGUAAUUCCAACUGUUCACAUCUAAAUAUAUCUUCCCUUAAUAAAAUAAGGAACAGGUGUAAUAGUAAUUAGUUGAAAUAGGCGGAAGAAACUUUUUUGGAGCUUACUUGGCUUAUCAAAAUGAAAUGUAGAUCUGAAGUGUGUUGUAUGGAUCACAGUCAGAAGAGGAGAAAGUUUAUUGCAUAAAAAAAGUGGAUUUUAUGCAUAAAAAUUGAUUUUGCACAUACCUACCUUUUGAACAUCGUUGCCUGCUAGCCCCAUUCAACCUUUAUCUUGCUGAAAAUUUGGCAAACUGAAAACAGUGUUGUUGUGAUUUUAUCCUUCUGUUACUAACUGACCAUGUUAUUAAUAAUACAAUUACACAUUUACCUUAUGUUUAGAAUAAAAAUCUACUUACAGAAUCUAAACAAUCUGUCCGCAUAUUUUAAACCUGCCUUGUAAAAGUGCUGAUGCAGUCAAGAAACUUCAUUUGUAUUCGUUACCAUGAAGGUGGUCAAACACUGGAAUAGGAUUUCUGGAGAGGUGGUUGAUGCCCCAAGCACGUCAGUGUUCAAGAGGCACUUGAACAUGCCCAGUGACACAAUUUAACUUUUGGUUAGCCUUGAAGUCACCAGGCAGUUGGACUUGAUGAUCUCUGUAAGCCCUUUCCAACUGAACUGUUCUAUUCUUAUGCAAGCUGUGGGUAAACAGAUGGAUUCAGUCCUUAGACUGACUUUUUGCAUUAAAAAAUGCACAGUAAAGUGUUCGUAUUGAUUUACACUAUGCUACUUCACGUCCAGAAAUUGCAAGGACAGAGUAGAUGUUUACAAUCUCAUAAUGAAAUGUUUACUGUAUUUACAUUUAUUAUACACUUUAUUUUUAAUGCUCUCCUUUUACUUCCAAUGUUCAUAAUUUGAAACUGAUUUGUGAAAAUAGCCACAGACAAAAUUGGAUCUUAGAAAAUGAUCAUGUAAUAAGUAGUUUAAGUAAGAUUUUGCUGAGCUAUACCAGGAAAAGAUUCUCUGUUGUAUUUAACUUACUUAAAUGCAAACUGCUGAAAUUUGUUUUUCUUUAGGGCUUCUAGUUUUUGCAUUUUUUUUUAAUUUAAUUAAACUGCCUUUUCUGUUACGUAACUAACCAUCUGAGUCCAAAUAACUUUUUUUAAGGUGUUUGUUGAAAUGCAUUUUGCCUGUGGUAGAGAUGAGAACAAAUAAUAGGUGUUGAGAAGAAAAUUGAUCUAUGUUUCUGAAAAGGUUUGUCAAAGCUGAACUUCAUCUUAAUUACUUGAGAAGUCAAUGAGAAAUCUUUCCUGUCCCCAUCUCUUUUUAUAUAUCUUAAUGUGAAGAAUUUUCUUUAAAAUAAGGUUAAUUUGAAUGCUGGGAGGCAGGGGUAGUGAAACAAUAGAUCACUUUCAGUCGAGGUGCUUCUGGCACAGGUAGAAUGCUGGACAAAUAAUCCAGAUUCAUUAAGAAAGGAAUUUCUAAUUCCACAUCUGGGCUAUAUAAAAUCUGUAUGCAUUAGUGAUCAGAACUUUCUCCAUGACUAAGAGUAAGGCUAUAAAAACUGGAGGCAGGCAAUAUCCAUGUAAUCAACACUUGAAUUCCAGUAUUGUGUUUUGUGUGAGAAAAAUGAUAUACGUGUAAGUGCCUUAUUGCUUGAAACAAAGGAAAGGUGUUCUCCACCCUCCCCUUGAUAGAGCAAUAUGGGGAUUUCUGUUAAGUAGUCCUACACACAGACAUGUUAAGCCAAACUAAGUAAUGCUUUGCUUAGAAGGUUGAAGAGCAUUGUUAGUGAUCAAGUUAUUCUUUUAAGAACGACAAAGUUAAUCUGGCAUGCCUAUUUUAAUCUGCUGAUCUUCAUCUCAUUUCAGAAUGUGUUUUUUUUCUAACUUCCCAUUCAUAUUUAGACUUCUGCAGAAAUGUAUCUUAUAUGUGUUGUCAGAAUGAGUUUGGUCUUCCAGCAUACUCAGCUAGGAGUUUUCAACCACUAAAAAGAAUGUGCAUUUUUUUG